UAUAAAAGCGGCGGCGGGCGGCGGGCGCCAUUGUGCUGCGGAGCAGGCCGCGGCUGUGGCAGCGUGUGGGCCUGCAGCGCCGCUCCCCGCGCCUCUCUCUCUCCCUAUUUCUCUCUCCUCCUCUCUCCUCCCCUUUCUCUUUCUUCUCCUCUCCCUCCCCCUUCCCCCCCCCCCCCCUUUCCGCCGCGGACAUGCCGCGCGUCUAUAUCGGCCGCCUGAGCUACCACGUCCGGGAGAAGGACAUCCAGCGCUUCUUCAGCGGCUAUGGCCGCCUGCUCGAGGUCGACCUCAAAAACGGUUACGGCUUCGUGGAGUUCGAGGACUCCCGAGACGCCGACGAUGCCGUUUACGAGCUGAACGGCAAGGAUCUGUGCGGGGAGCGUGUGAUCGUGGAGCACGCCCGCGGGCCCCGCCGCGACAGGGACGGGUACAGCUACAGUAGUCGCAGUGGGGGUGGUGGCGGAUAUAGCAGUCGGAGACAAUCUGGAAGAGAUAAAUACGGACCGCCUGUUCGUACAGAGUACAGACUGAUUGUUGAAAACCUUUCCAGUCGCUGUAGUUGGCAGGAUUUGAAAGAUUUCAUGAGGCAAGCUGGUGAGGUAACCUAUGCAGAUGCUCACAAAGAACGUACAAAUGAAGGAGUGAUUGAGUUCCGAUCUUACUCGGACAUGAAGCGUGCCCUGGACAAACUGGAUGGCACAGAGAUAAACGGAAGGAAGAUAAGGCUGGUUGAAGACAAGCCACGGUCAAGCCAUAGGCGAUCUUACUCUGGCAGCAGGUCAAGGUCACGAUCUAGAAGACGGUCUAGAAGCAGAAGUCGUAGAAGUAGGAGCAGUCGCAGCAGGUCCCGUAGUGUCUCCAAAAGCCGUUCACGAUCUAAAUCCAGGUCACGAAGCAAAGACCGCUCACGUUCCAGAUCUAAAAGCAGGAAGUCUAGAUCAAAGAGCAAAUCGAAACCCAAGUCUGACAGGGGUUCACGCUCUCACAGCAGAUCCAAGGAGAAGUCUGAGAAGUCACGGUCCAGAUCCAGGUCCAGGUCUCGAUCUCCCAAAGAAAAUGGUAAAGGAGAUGCUAAGUCUAAGUCCAGGUCAAGGAGUAGGUCUCGUUCCAAUUCUCCGCAGCAGCAGCCAUCUGCCAAGGCUCGUUCAGAGUCACCACCCAAAAGAGCUGCAUCGAGGUCCCGCUCCAGAUCUCGUUCAAAAUCUCGCUCACGAUCAAGAUCUAGUUCAAGAGAUUAAGACUACAACUCUCCUCUUACAUUGCACACUAUUAUGGAACAUUUUCCUACUUGUCAGGCCAUUAGUGUUAUGUUAGUACUUCAGAAGUUGGUUUUUUCUCUUGCAGGAAUGAAUGGCCUAAGAACUAAGUAAUGAGGCAUAAAGGUUUAAUUUGUAUCCCAAAUUUGAAAACACGAGAUCGGAUGGUGGUGCAAAGCAGGAAAAGUCCCCCUUUUGUAGAAAUUCAGCUAAAAGUUUGAUUUUAUAGCAUUUCCGCAGGAGUAACUUAACUACUCUUAAGUGCAAAGUGGUUUUUAUAUUAAAAAUAAACUGAAUAUAAACAGGCUUAAAUCUGGGCUUUUUUGAAAGUAUCAUUUUUUUCCUUUUUUUUUUUUUUUUUUCAUGGUUUUAGAACUAUGGGUAUCAUUAGUGUAAUAGGUUACAGCUUGCUGCCAAAGGCAGGAUUGCCUAGCUGGGCAGGUCAGAUAAUUCUCCGGUUUAUCUUAAUUUGUGGAAGCAGGCUGCAAACUAUAUAAACUGGUAACAAUACUAGGAAGAUUUUAGACCAGCAAUAAACUCAAGUUGGAGCAUUUGUGUUGUAUCUUAACUUGCCAAAAGAACAUUCCCCCCCCCACUGUGACUGUAUUAAAGGUAAUAAAGGUACUCUGGAACCUGUAUCGUACAGUAUUGCUGAAAAAUCCUAUGUUUCAAACUUAAAGCUUUCGGACUUCUUUUUCUUGAAUAUCAAGUGUCACUGUUGUCAGACACUAAUGUGUCUCUUGGAUGUGGUCCAAGUCACUAGUAUGUUGUAUGGUUUGUCAGCCUCUAAAUACCUAUUGGAUAUGAAAACUAGGUAAAUAAAACUGUCUUCCCUCCUUUUUGACUCAUUUAUGUUAACAUUUUGCUUCAGACUAGGAGAGCUAUAAUCCUGUUGUGUGUAAGUCUGAACUUUAUUGGAAAUGUAAUCUCUUUGAGCUAGAGUUCUAGUCUUAACAAAGGCUUUGCUAAACCACAGUUGCCAAUUCACUUAAAUUGUGGAAUAGGACUCAUCCCAAAAAUUCCCCUUUAUAGCUAAAUUGAUUUUUGUAACAUGCAAUAGCAAACAUUAGAACUGCCUUGUACUCUUUAUACAACGUGUAGUUUGACUUGUAUAAAAUUAAAUUGGUGACUCAAA